AUCUAGUGCGUACAAAAGAUCCUACAAUGCCUGCACUAAUGCCCGAAUCCGACUCGGAGGACGAACUUCCACCAGCAUGGGAAGAACGUGCCACUAGCGAUGGUUUCGUGUACUACGUGAACCACCAAAGCAAAAGCACCCAGUGGACGCAUCCACGUACCGGCAAGAUGAAGCGCGUGUCCGGUGAACUACCGCUCGGUUGGACACGCCACAUCGAGGAAGAAACGCGGAAGGUGAUUUUUGUGGAGGAAAAAACCCAACGCAAAUCGUACACCGAUCCGCGGCUUGCCUUUGCCGUCGAGGAAGCACCAGAACAGGUUGGUGAACUGCGCCAACGGUUCGACAGUGGUACGAACGCACUGCAGGUGCUACAUGGGCGUGAUUUGAACGGUAUGGUAGCGCUCAUUACCGGUGCAAACACGGGCAUCGGGUUCGAGACGGCUCGAUCGCUUGCGCUGCACGGAUGUGAGGUUGUUUUUGCCUGUCGGGAUGAAAAGGCAACCCAAGUUGCGAUUGAACGGAUCCGCACGGAGAAGGAAGCGGCCGGUGCAAGGUGUAGCUUCGUGUCGCUCGAUUUGGCCAGCCUUCGCUCGACGAAACGUGCGGCGGAAGAGAUGAAAAAACGUCACAAGCACAUCAACAUGCUAAUCCUGAAUGCAGGCGUUUUUGCCUUGCCCCAUUCCAUCACGGAGGAUGGAUUUGAGCGUACAUUCCAGGUGAACCAUCUGUCACACUUCUACCUGACGCAGCUGCUGUCGGAUCUGUACGAUCAUGCGACGCGCAUUGUCGUGGUUUCGUCCGAGUCGCAUCGCAUGAGUACGCUACCGGUCGGUGGUGGGCUGAGUGAGUCGGACCUGUGCCCACCGCAGCACAAGUUCUGGAGCAUGAUUGCGUACAACAAUUCCAAGCUGUGCAACGUCCUGUUUGCGAUGGAGCUGGCAAAGCGCUGGAAAUCCCGCGGCAUCUCUGUGUUUGUGCUCCAUCCGGGCAAUAUGGUAUCGUCGGCGCUUUCCAGAAACUGGUGGUUCUAUCGUUUCCUUUUUGGUUUGGUUCGUCCCUUUACCAAAUCGCUGCAACAAGCCGCAAGCACCACCGUUUACUGUGCCACUGCCUACGAAUUGACCGGCUUGACCGCACUUUACUUUAACAAUUGUUACGUGUGCGAUCCAUCCGGCACAUCCAAGAGCGAGCAGCUGCAGCAAAGCUUGUGGGAGCUGAGCGACAAAAUGAUCCAGCGUGUGAUGGGUGAGCAGGCUGAUGCCGAAUAAGAAGAUAAAUUUGCUUCUCAA